UGGUGGCACACAUCUUUAAUCCCAGCACUUGGGAUCUCAAGCCUUUUAUCCCAGCACUUGAAAGGAAGAAACAGGAAGUGAUAUGGCUGGGAUGAAAGAGGAAGUGACAAGGCAAGGUGGAGACAGGACUCAGCCCCUUUCAGACUGAGGACUUGGUAAAGUAAGAAGUGGCUGUGCCUUGCUCCUUUGUCUCUCUGAUCUUUUAGCAUUUACCUCUAUAUCUGACUUCAGGUUUUUAUUAUUAAGACCAAUUAGAAUUCGUGCUACAUGUGACAUCCAAACGUUUGGCAAGAAUUUCCACAUAAAACCUGAGAAGCUUAAAAAAAGGAUUCUAAACACACAAAAACGGAGUCAAAUGAAGAUUCUUGGUAACCAUCUUUUCUCAGGUACCAAGAGGAAACGAGAUGGAAAGGGCCAAGAACAAGGGACAGUGGCACAUGACCUGAAACUGGAUGACGUGCUCGAUCGUACCUUAGAGGAUGGUGCUAAGCAGUACAAUCUGACAGCAAUCAAUGUACGGAAUAUCCUGCAUGAAGUCAUCACAAAUGAACAUGUUGUAGCCAUGAUGAAAGCUGCCAUCAGUGAGACAGAAGACAUGCCAUUGUUUGUGAGUAGCCCCCCCCGUCACUCUUUCCAUGUCGUGGGAACUUUCCAACGCCGAAUGUACAUUGUGUGA